AUGGCGGAGGUUUUCCAAGCUUUCGUCCUCUUUGUGGCUGUCGUUGUGGCACAGAACAACUGCUCUAAGGUCCCAAUUUACGUCGAUUUCCACGUUAGAGCUGUCGACGGCGGGGUCAACGAGCAAUAUGGAUUGUUUACUGGGGCUGGCUUCCCCGUAUCACAGAACAUGUCGCACUGGCCGUCAUUAUCGAACAACGAAACCACCGUGGCCAGCCUCGAUUACUGCACAAACAGUCCUUUUGAAGACUGUCUGAACCAUGCCCACGGAUUCUAUUCACCGGACUUGUCACAAAACUAUUCCUCAGGGUCAUCAUACCAGCCCCUCGAUAGUUAUGGCUCAAUUCCCGCCAGUAUCAUCCAGACGGCAUUGGAUACGUUCAACCUUUUCACCCACUACUACGACCCUUCUCCACCCAAUAUCACUCGAAUCCCAAACUUCCCCCUGACGGUCCUGUCGAAUUACUCAGCCAGCACGACUCCUUGGUUUGGUCCGGCAGGACUGCUCGGCCUCGGACCAAAAAGCACGUUGCUGGAGCAUCUGUACAAUCUCGAGUUGAUCUCUUCACGGUCAUUCGGCCUGUACAUGGGCACCGGCUACGAACAAGCGAACGGCGCCGUCAACGGCUCCCUGACUCUGGGCGGCUAUGAUUCGGGUCGCUUUGAAGGCGACGUGUAUAAUUUCACCAUCAGGCCCGCUCAGCCUGACGCCCAGCACAGUCCCUUCGUGGUCUCUGUCGAACAGAUGACGCUGACCGCCUCCGAUGGGACCGAGACAGAUCUCCUCACGGAGGGCUUCGAUGCUCAUAUCAUCACGUCGCAAUACCAACUCAAUCUCCCCAGCGAUGUCCUGCAGAAAUUUUCUCAGCAAACUGGCGCCACGCCUUCACACGAUAACCUUGAAGUCUUCCGGCUACCAGACGAUUUUGAUUCAACGCUGACUAUUACCCUCGAGUCCGGAUUGAGUGUCACGUACGACUCUGACUGGCUGAAGAACGUAUCCAACAACUCCCCCAUCUCUACAGGCACGGUCUCAGGUAAAUCGACAAACAAGACAGUCAACUUUUUCGGGACCGCAUUCCUCUCGCAACUAUACUUCAUGGCCAACUACGACUCCUCCCCACCCACGUUUCACCUCGCAAAUGCCUUGCCACAUGCGCCCUAUGUCUUCACUCAAACCCUGUGUCCUAACACCAUCCCAACGCCUGCCCCGAAAUCUAGUCUAACUGGUUUCGGCACCUCUGGUCUGACGGGGGCGAUCUUAGGUGGUGCGAUCGGAGGUAUUGGGCUCUCAUUUGCCGUUUAUUGGCUGCUCAGAAAAUGGAUGCAACGAAGGGUGUGGCGCCAGCAGGCGGAACAAGCCAUGAAAGGCAAAGGCACUGACAGUGAGUCGACGAUCACCGUGACCGCGGGCAAAGGGAAAGGGUCGCCCUCUUCCUUCUCCAGCCACGAUGAAGAGGCACAGAGAGAGGACGGCAGUGAAAUGGCAACGUUCGCGUUUGACUUUAACUCGCAACAACACCAAGCGUACCAUAAUUUCCUCCAGAGUGCAACACAACUGCAUCGGCCACAGCAACAAUCGCAGCAGAGUUACCCACCCGCAAACAGAGAGAUGCAGAGCGCUGCAGCUGCUCACGAUCCCGUCUCCCCGAUGUCCCACCACUCCGUGCCGAUCACCCAAUACGCCCGCUCUUUCACCCAGGAUUCAUACUCCAACUCCCCACUCACGCCUGCGACGGGCGUCCCCUUGCUAUUCUCGCAGCAGCAGCAGCAGCAGACCGGACACUCAGAGGCGGCACCGUCAAGCUCAUACUUUCCAUCCUCGACGUUCGCGCCACUGGCGUUGACCCCCACAAACAUCUCGCUCGAGGACCCGACGUCCACUUACCCUUUUGGCGCCGGCCAGAGUCGCAGCGAGGACGACAACUCGUUCCGGCAACGACAGGCCAAGCUGCGCGGAGGAGACCUGCUGAAUGUGCAAACCGAGUUCGCGCCGCCCCCAAAAAAGACCACCUCGUCCAAGGACAGCAGAGUGGCCAAAAAAGCUGGGGGCAAGGAAGGCGGGAAGAAGGAGAGCAUGUUGAAGAAGGUGUUUCCUCCGCCGUCGUGA